AUGACAGUCGGACACCAUAGUUACCAAGUUCUUACAAGGUUGGAGCCUUGGAGUGAACUGAACUACAAUGUGUGGAAAUUGCAAAGGCGUACCUAUGGAUUGAAGCGAGCGGGAGAAAAUCUAAUCGAAAGCCAGCUUCUACAAGAAAAUAGGAUCCUGUGGAAGUGCAGUUUAGCUGUCAUAUUCGUAACCACAAGAAGUAAGAAUGAACUAAUGUUGUGGCAUCCAAAUCUAGUACAAGAAGAAAGAAAUGUCAGCAUACUGAGGGUCACCAGAAGAAUUGUAUGGGGAAGGUCCAAUCAGGGAGAGCAAUACAGGAAGAUAGCAAAGGCCAUGGAAUAAUCCAUAAAAUACAACACAUAAAAACACCUGAUGAUUAAUAAG